AUGUUCCAGGUUCUUCCGGAGGUUUUAAACCUUGAGAUGCAACCACAGCGCCGUCCCUUCACCUUCUACUUACCUCAAACAUGGAAGCAGACACCAGAAAAAGCUGCUGACGUCUUCUCUCCUGCUGCAUCCCAGAUCUCACCCAUUUCCCGCCUCGUUCCUCUGCACCCUUCGUCCCUCCUCGGCCUCCUGAGGUUCCUCCUGGUCCUCCUGGUUUACCUGUGUUUGCUGACCAGCCCGGCACAGGCAGCCUGGUAUCGGGUCGGGGUGGUGGGGCCUUGGGGGUGCGACCCUCUCUUUGCGAAGGCCCUACCCAGUGUGGCGGCACAGCUCGCCGUCAACCGCAUCAACAAAGACCCCUCGCUUUCCUCUGCUGCCACGUUCGACUUUGUUGUGCUGCAGGAGCCAUGCGAGACAUCCAGGGCGCUAGAGAGGUUCAUAGGUUUUUACACCAAGGCGUCCGGGUACAUUGGACCUGCCAACCCCGGCUACUGUGACGCUGCUUCGAUGCUGAGCAAAGGCUGGAACAAAGCUUUGUUUCCUUGGGGUUGUGUUGGCUACGAGCUGGACGAUGUCCGGAGCCACCCAACCUUUGCGCGCUCCAUGCCAAGGCCCACCUGGGUGCUGCUCAGCAUCAUAAACUACUUCAGGUGGGCCCACGUCGCCAUCAUCUCUUCUUCAGAGGACAUCUGGGUGGAGACGGCCACCAAGGUCGCUGAUUCGUUGAGGAGCCACAGUCUGCCGGUCAGACUGGUCAGUAUUAUGGAGAACACACCUCACGGCAUCAGACGAACUCUGGCCAAGCUCCGCAAGAUGAGAGAAUUACGAGUCGUGAUCCUCUGCAUGCACUCUGCUCUGAUUGGCGGUGGAGCCCAGAAGCAGCUCUUGGAAACGGCCUACGACAUGCAGCUGAUCGACGGCUCCCUGGUCUUUGUGCCCUACGACACACUGCUCUACAGCCUGCCCCACCGCAACGUGACCUACCCAGCUCUGAAGAAGAACAGCAAGCUGCUUCGGGCCUACGACGCCGUGCUCACCAUCACCAUCAACUCACCUCAGAUCUCGUUCUAUGAGGCCUACAGAGAGGCCAUGGAGAGGGGGGAGGUUGCCAGGACGCUGAAGCCUCAGCAGGUGUCUCCACUCUUUGGCACCAUCUACAGCUCCGUCCUCUUCAUGGCUCAUGUAGUGCAUCGGGUUCGGGAAGCCGGGGAGUGGAUGUCAGGAGGAAACCUGGCAAGACACACCCGCAACCUGGACUUCCAGGGCUUCAGUCACCCCAUUAAAACCAACGGCUCUGGAGAAGCUCUGCUGGAAUACGUCAUUCUGGACACAGACGGAGUCUCCUGGGAGCUGAAGCCAACAUACAGGAUCGACAUGGACGUCGGUAUAGUGCAUUUCCUGGGUCGAGAAAUCCACUUUCCUCGUGGCCACGGACCCAGAAGGGACGCCUCCUGCUGGUUUACUCCUGGAGUCAUCUGCUCGGGGGGCUUGGAUCUGUUCUUGACCGUCAGCAUGUUCCUCGGAGCGAUGGCCGCCUCUAUUGUUGCGGUGGCGUUUAUUUACUGCGCCAGGCGCCGCAUCCAUCAGAUCCGGAUGGUUAAAGGUCCAAACAGGAUCCUGCUGACUCUGGCUGACGUCACGUUCAUCAACCCGUCGCUCAGCAACAAGAAGCUGAGUCUGGAUGACAGCAGGGCGAGCUGCAUGAGGAGCGUGUCUGACGUCACAUCGCCCGUCUCCAUCCAAUCCCCGGCCACCUACGAGAACUCCAACAUUGUCAUUUUUGAGGGUGACUGGGCGUGGCUGAAGAGACUUCCUGACGGGUCAUUCAGCAGAAUCACCCCCAAAACCAGCGAAGUGUUUGAGCUGAUGAAGGACAUGCGUCAUGAGAAUGUGAACCCUUUCCUCGGCUUCUUCCACGACUGCGGCGUGUUCGCCAUCGUGACGGAGUUCUGCUCCAGAGGAAGUCUGGAGGACCUGCUGCUGAACGACGACGUCAAACUUGACUGGAUGUUCAAGUCGUCGCUGGUGCUGGAUUUAAUUAAGGGUAUGAAGUACCUCCACCACCGUGGAGUGACCCACACUCGCCUGAAGUCUCGCAACUGUGUGGUGGAUGGCCGUUUUGUCCUGAAGGUCACAGACUACGGCUACAACGAGGUUCUGGAGGCUCAGAGGUUCCCCUACAUAGAACCACCUGCAGACGAGUUGCUGUGGACGGCUCCAGAGAUCCUGAGGGGUGGGCAACCGGAGCUUUACGGGACUCCGUCUGGAGACGUGUACAGCUUCGCCAUCAUCAUGCAGGAGGUGGUGGUCAGAGCGCCUCCGUUCUGCAUGAUGGACCUGUCCGCCACAGACAUUAUUGAGAAGCUGCGUAAACCACCUCCUCUGUGCCGCCCGCUGGUCAGUCCAGACUGCGCUCCGUUAGAGUGCAUCCAAUUGAUGAAACAGUGCUGGAACGAACAGCCGGACAAGAGGCCGGGCUUUGAUGAGAUCUUCGAUCAGUUUAAAAACAUUAACAAGGGAAGGAAGACCAACAUCAUAGACUCCAUGCUGAGGAUGCUGGAGCAGUACUCGUCUAACCUGGAGGAGCUGAUCAGAGAGCGGACGGAGGAGCUGGAGAUCGAGAAGCAGAAGACAGAGAAACUGCUGACUCAGAUGCUUCCUCCCUCUGUGGCCGAGGCCCUGAAGGUGGGUGGAGCAGUCGAACCGGAGCACUUUGACAGCGUGACACUUUACUUCAGCGACAUCGUCGGUUUCACCACCAUCUCAGCCAACAGCGAACCCAUCGAGGUGGUCGACCUGCUCAACGACCUUUACACGAUCUUUGACGCCAUCAUAGGAAACCACGACGUUUACAAGGUGGAGACAAUCGGGGACGCUUACAUGGUGGCAUCAGGUCUUCCCGUCCCGAACGACGAUCGCCACGCUGCAGAGAUAGCCAACAUGUCGCUGGACAUCCUAAGCGCUGUGGGAAGCUUUAAAAUGAGACACAUGCCCGACGUUCCUGUCAGGAUACGAAUUGGACUGCACACAGGUCCGUGUGUAGCAGGCGUGGUCGGUCUCACGAUGCCUCGUUACUGUCUGUUCGGAGACACCGUAACCACCGCGUCCCGUAUGGAGUCCAGCGGGUUGCCGUACAGGAUCCACGUCCACCAGAGUACAGUGCAGGUCCUGCGGGAACUGAAUCUGGGCUACAAGGUCGAGUUGAGGGGCAAGACAGAAACCAAGGGAAAAGGAGUGGAGGAGACGUACUGGCUUGUAGGGAGAGAGGGAUUUAAUAAACCACUUCCUGUCCCUCCAGAGGUCAAGUCCGGGCAAAUGGCCCAUGGGCUGCAGAUGGCCGAGAUAGCGCAGUACAAGAAACGGAAAGCCGAGAGGCAACAGCAGGAACAGCUUGCAAAGAAGAAAAACUGAGGUAAUGUUAUGCAUUAUACAAAACAAUGUGUAACAUUACUGGCUCUGUUGGCUACGUGACGCCUGUUAGCACCGACUGUCUCACGCUGUCGCUGCAGUUUGUUUGCAUUUUGCUGCAUCUUGAACAAGUUCAGGUUUCUGGGUUUGUGUGCAGUAAUGGGCUUUAAUUUUGAAUAUACAUGCAAAUGUUUGAAUUUCAAAAUAAAAUGUAACCCUCUGAACCUGGUGGUGGGCUUGAAAAGGAUGUUUUCUUCAGUUCAAUAUGUAUAGCAUGUGGAGACCUGAUUUUUUAACAAUAUUCAUGACACGCAUGGGCACUUAGAAAAGUGUAUAUAUAAAUUCCAUUUUAUUAAAAAAAUUUAAAAAUAAUUUAUCGGAGAAACUCAACUUCUUUCUGUCAUUAUAACUGUUAUUCUGCACAAAAGGCAUGUUUGAGUUGUCCCCACUUCUAGCCAUGAUUGUGCUGAUUCCAUAGAGCUGCAGGACUUAUAGAUUUAU